AUGGUGGACUGGCGCACCACUUUCCUCAUUUGCCUCGUUUCCUCCUUGGCCACCCUGGUCCUGAGAGGAAGUAAUUUUGACUUGACUUAUGCAUUAAGUGAUGGAAAUGAUGGGCGCCAGAAACCAAGGACAGGAGCAAGAGGGAGAUGGGACCAUGUCACCACUACCACAACUAGAAGGCCAGGAACAACUAGAGCACCAUCAAAUCCUGUGGAACCAGAUGGUUUAAACUUGGCUGACGCCUUGGAUGAUCAAAAUGAUAUAGAUGGCCACAAUGUAGGAGAAAGAGGAGGUUUGUCAGACAAGGAUCUUGAGUACAUGCUGGGAGGUGGGGAAUACAAACCUGAUAAAAAUAAAGGUGGUGGUGAUUAUGGCAGCAAUGAUGACUCUGGAUAUGGCAUGUCGUCAGAAACUGGCACCAUUGCAGGUGUUGCCAGUGCCCUGGCCAUGGCCCUGAUUGGAGCUGUAUCCAGCUACAUCUCCUACCAGCAGAAGAAGUUUUGCUUCAGCAUUCAGCAGGGCCUCAAUGUAGUCUACGUGAAGGGGGAAAACGUGGAAGCCGUUGUGUAUGAAGAACCCCAAGUGACAUGCUCAAAACAAGAAAUGCAGUCUGCAGAGCCUCCACCACCCGAGCCACCCCAGAUCUAA